AUGAGCGAGUCGGUCGGUCCAGAUGUGGCUAAAGAGGUCUCGCCCGACAAGGCCGUUGACCAUUCAACAGCCAAUGGAGCCUCGAGCCACUCUGCGUCCACACCCCCAAAGCCGGAAGAAUUGAUUUCGUCCAAGGCAGAAUCUGCUGCUCCUGUACCAACUGUAGAUCAAACCAUGGCCGAUUCGCCAGACGCUGAAGCAGACGGAGAUUCCGAGGCGGAGACACUUAUUCAGUCACCCGAAAAACAAAGGACUACUGCAGGAUCGACCGCAGAUAACGCGUCCGUAGCCGGGUCAGUGCGGCAUACGGCAGCAAAAGGUGAACAGUCGUCGAACGGAGCAAGUGCCACUGAGGGCGACAGUAAAUCAAGGAAGCGCAAGCGGAGCGUUGACGAUGCUCGUGACGAACUCGCCUUUUCCGUGUCGAGUCGCCAAAGCUCACCGUUAUCAUCGCUCUUGCAUCCGCAUUCAGAAGCAGAUAAUGAUUCAGACGUAUCAAGCCAUAUUGCAUCGACGAGGAUAAAGCCAUCCCGGAAGAAGCGCGAGAAGAGGUCGGCCGAUCCCGACGAUGCCGAAGAGAAACCAGUCGAAAACCAAAUUCGCAGACGUCGCCCGAGCGACAUACUCCCCAAACAACGCACAAAGAAUAAUUCCAGCGGUGUAGAUCCUGGCUCUUCCGAGCGGCGCGAAACGAGGUCUGCUACUUAUCCCCGCCACUCUUCACAAGAGCGCUCACCUUCACCACCACCGCCGCCGCACCGUAAGGAACACAGGCGUGGCGUAUCCACCCAAUUCACUCUUGGCGAUGUAGAAAGGAAGAAGCGCGGGCGUCCUCCCGCGAUCCAAACGAAGAGGAGCGGUUCUGCGGAUCAUAGGAGACGUUCCGUGUCAUCGGACGAGUCGGAUUCGCCGCGACGCGUCCGGCCUGCUUUGCACAAAUUCAUAUCAACAGACCACGAGAACAUGUCGCCUGCCAAAACAGCUGGGCCGAUGGUUCGCAAAUUGAAGGAUCGGAAUGGUAGGACUCAUCUUGCCAGAGCGGCGAACAACAACGAUCUGGAAGUGGCAAAGCAGAAAUUGGCCGAGAGACCGGAAGAUUUGAACGAAGCGGACAAUGCUGGAAACACGCCCCUUCAAAUCGCCGCGCUCUCGGGAUUCACAGAGAUUGUCAAGUUUUUGUUGGAGAACGGCUGUGAGGUUGACACGCUGAACAUUGAUAGGGAUACACCACUGAUCGAUGCUAUCGAGAAUGGGCAUGUAGACGUUGUCAGGUUGCUUCUGGAGUAUGGUGCGAAUCCUCGACGCGGUAACGCUAAGGGCGAAGAGCCGUACGAGCUUGUCGAUAAGAACGACGAGAACUAUGACGAGAUCCGAGCACUGAUCGCAAAGGCAAAAGAUAAACCGGUCCGACGAGUAUCUAACGAACACACAGAGGUCUCACGCGACGGACACUCUUCUCGAGCGGCUUCAGCCGCCAGUCCACGGGAUUCACCUCCGAUCAAUGGCCCUAGAAGUCCACCAACAUAUUCAUCCUCGAGACGGCGAAAGACUGGUCGUAGUGAAUCGACAAGGAACGAUCUACUUUGGCAAGCAAAUACCCAGGAGAAUUUGACUCGUCUCGCUGGCAAGGGCGAUGUUCAAGGAGUGGGAAAUAUUCUCAAUAUACUGCAGAAAGCCGAAACCGAAUCACUCAUAGCUGCCGCAAAAGCUGGGCAUGAAGAAGUGUUGCAAUAUCUGUUGGCCAUUGGAGAUGCAGAACCCGAUCCCGACCCAGUGAAGGGCCUCAAGCUCGGGCACAACACCCCUAUGCUUGCGGCCAUCGGACGAGGCCAUCCUGAAGUGGUGAAACUUCUAGUGGAGUUAGACGGUUUCGAUCCUACAAGAAAGCUUCUUAAGGGGAAGACAUACCACGAGAUUGCGGCCGAACGCAAGGGUGAACAAUGGCAGAAGGAGUACGACAUCUUAAAAGAUGCAUACGACAAGGCCGUGGGUGGGAAAUUGAGAAAGACCACGUCCCCUCGUGCGACGAGAGAUAACGAAAAACAUCGUUCCCGUCUUGCGCGACGUUCACAUUCCCCUCCUGCUAACAAACAGCGGACGUCUUCGAGCCCAACCUUGACUCACAAGCUGAACCCGAACAAAUCCCCUCAAUCUUCGAGUAAAGAUGGGGACCGAGACCGAACCUCUACUGAUGUGCUUGAACGACGUAAGAAUGCAGCGUUGAGGAAAGAACGCAGCGAUGUUGCGGUUUCUUCUGAUCAAGACCAAACUGUGUCUGGCCCCAGCAAAGGCCACAUGAAGCGCAGAAGUCAGAGCGAUGCACAAUCGGCUUUCCUCGACGUUGAAGGUACCCACCGACGGAGACGACUGGUCACAGGGAAGGAACACCGCCGGCGCAAGAGUGCCAUCACAGAACAUUCUUCAGACGACGACGGAUCUACAAUCCCUGGAAAGACCGAAACUCAACCGACAGCCUUGAAAAGAACUCGAGAGAGUCUCACUCCCGACCAAGAUCGUGCUCAAGGUGAGAGUGCUGGUAGCAUUGUCAAGAAACGCAGAACAGUGGUGGACAGCAGUCCCGAGGCAUCAAGACCCGAUUGUCUUACCCAGUCAUCUCGCGACGUCCAGCCCAGCAUCGAGGACAAGCGGUCUACGCCACGUGAAGGACGGAGGCAUGACCAUCUUAGCCCUAAAUCUCUGGGUACAGAGAAGAACCAGAAGAGCGCGGGCGAGGUGUUAGAGCAGGAGUACGCGCCGAUUGCGCCCCCAGCACGUCCAAGUCCUCACGGAAAUGAUAUAAAGAUGGAAGAAGUCGAUGUCAAACCGACUGUAGCCGAGCUCCAAGCACAACGCGAAGAAGAGGCAAGGAAAGCCGAAGAAGCGAGAAAAGCGGAAGAGGCAAGACACGCAGAAGAGGCCCGAAAGGCAGCAGAGGCAAAGAGGUUGGAAGAGGAAAGAAUUGCAGCUGAAAAGGCCGAGGAGGAACGUAGGGUGGCAGAAGAGAACGAGCGUCGUAGACGAGCAGAAGAAGAGGCGGCAGUGGCGCAACGGAAAUUGGAAGAAGAAGCAGCACAAAAGAAACGAGAAGAGGAGGAACGGCAAGAGCGUAUUAAGCGCGAGCUUGAAGAGCGACAACGACGACAAGAGGAGUACAUUCGACAGCAACGCCUGGAGUACGAAAGACGCCGUAGAGAGGCGUUACCCAUUGUCCUCAGCAUGACAGCCUUGAUGAUCGACAACAAUGACCCUGUCGUGAGGAGUGACGCCUGGCUACGCAAAUUCCUACCGCUUUUUACUGUCAAAACCUCUCAGCUGACAUCCGAGUCCGUUCCAGUGACCACGGAUGAUCUUUGGGUGCCGAAUUUCCAAGUGGCCGGGCUACUGGCAACGAAAGACCUAAAUCUUCGCAACUACACUUCUCUCGAGAAGAGGCCAGUCACACAGAACCAGCGACUUUGCUUGUGGAAAGUAUCACGGAACAUGCUAUCGUUUGAAUAUGACGCCACUGCGUACAAUACCACCAUUCAACAAGCGAAGGAGAAGGAAGAAGAGGAGAGACCCAAGUUCUUGAACAUGGAGGAACUCUUCUGGGUCAAGUACUCUGAUUUCGAAGAUCAACUCUUUCGGCAUCCUCAUUUGGCGGCUCUCCUGCCGCUGAAAAAGCAAGCCAUUUCUGUGAGAAUCCCUCAUGGACAGUUACCGGCAACACCAGGACCUUUUGCGAAUGGAAUAUCCCCCUUCCAAGCCAAACUUACCAACGGCAUUACCUCCCAUUUACCACCAUCACCUUACGGAAAUGGAUACGCUCGCUAA